UGCAGAGGGACAGGUGAGGUACACACACACAGGGGGUGGAGGGGAAUGCAGAGUCAGAGCCGUGGUUCCUGUAUAAAAGACCCCUGCUGUGUGCCUCACUCAAUCACGCUGAAAACAUGAACUGUCUGCUGAUCCUCUCCUGCCUUGCCUUCGCCGGCGCAGCCUACGGCUGUGGUAAACCCGCCAUCCAGCCUGUGGUGUCUGGUUACGCCCGCAUCGUCAACGGUGAGGAGGCUGUGCCCGGCUCCUGGCCCUGGCAGGUGUCCCUCCAGGACUACACUGGAUUCCACUUCUGCGGCGGCUCUCUGAUCAACGAGAACUGGGUUGUGACUGCUGCUCACUGCAGCGUGAAGACCUCUCACCGUGUGAUCCUGGGAGAGCACGAUCGCUCCUCCAAUGCUGAGAACAUCCAGACCAUCAAGGUUGGCCAGGUCUUCAAGCACCCCCGUUACAACGGCUUCACCAUCAACAACGACAUCACCCUGAUCAAGCUGGCCACGCCCGCCCUCUUGGGAACCCGUGUGUCCCCCGUGUGCGUUGCUGAGACCAACGAUGACUUCCCCGGUGGCAUGACGUGUGUGACCUCCGGCUGGGGUCUGACCCGCUACAACGCUGCUGACACCCCUGCCCUGCUGCAGCAGGCCGCUCUUCCCCUGCUGACCAAGGCUCAGUGCCAGAAGUUCUGGGGCUCCAAGAUCACCGACCUCAUGAUCUGUGCUGGAGCCGAUGGUGCCUCUUCCUGCAUGGGUGACUCUGGUGGCCCCCUGGUCUGUGAGAAGGCUGGUGCCUGGACCCUGGUUGGUAUUGUGUCCUGGGGCAGUGGAACCUGCACCACCACUAUGCCCGGAGUGUACGCCCGCGUCACCGAGCUCCGCUCCUACAUCGACCAGACCAUCGCCUCCAACUAAGUUUUCAACUUCAUCUCCAUUAAAAAAAAUAAAAGUAGUUUCUAGUAA